CUCUCUCUCUCUAUUUCUCUCACAAAGCAAGGGUUUUUAUAUAAAGGAUUGCAAAAUAUACUUUUCAGCUCUCAUUCUCAGAAAAUUUUCUCAAAGUGAAGAUUAAUCCUGAUUUGUUUCAAUUAUGGAAGAAUCUAAACAAACUUGUGAACGAUCUGAUGUUAUUGUUCAAAAUUAUGACGUACCGCGAGAAAAUCUAUCCUUCAACCAAUCACAAAGUACACAUGGAAACGCUUACCCUCAACCUGUUUUAGCUCAACCUGUAUCUUCUACUGUUAAUAAUCAAGUAUAUGUUCAACAACCAAAUCAUUUGGUGGUUCAUAAAUCUCCUGUACCUGAUACAUUGAUUCUUAGCAUUAUUUCAAUGGUAUUCUGCAUCAUUCUUGGAUUGGUGGCAUUAAUUCUAAGCUUGCAGAGUAGAAAAUCAAGAGAUAUUGGUCAAGUUGAAGAAGCAAGGAAGAAAGCGAGAUAUGCUAAAUGUUUUGCUUUUGCAGCUAUAAUUGUAUCUGUAAUUCUCAUUGUUAUUGCAGUUAUAACAAGAGCAAUUGUAACUGUUUUAACAAGUGUGAAUUAAUGUAAAAUACAUUAUUUUGAACUUUAAGCUCUAGAUGGCGCCAUUAUAUUAAUAAAGUCAUGGUCAUAAAAAUCUGGACACUGUGAAUUUUUGAUAGACCAAACCUGUACAAUC